CACAACACCACCACCACCAAAAAAUGACCACCACGCCCCGCCCACAAGUCCACGGCCUCUCCCUAACCCCCCUAACCCAAUGUCUCCACUACCACACCCCCCUCGACAUCCUCGCCAUAAAACACGCCUGCUGCCAAAAAUUCUACGCCUGCAUCACAUGCCACAACGCGUGCGAGACGGACCACGCACCAGCCGUGUGGCGGCGCGACCAGCGCGAGGAAAAAGCCGUGUUGUGUGGGGCGUGCGGGACGGUGGGGAGUGUGAGGGAGUAUAUGGAGGGGGGGAGUCGGUGUGCGGCGUGUGGGAGGGGGUUUAAUCCGGGGUGUAGGGCGCAUUGGGGGAGGUAUUUUGAGGUUGGUGGGGAGGGGGAGGAACAGGGGAGAUGA